UCUUGAUCUAACUGCUUCGUUUAGCAAAGAUUUUCAAAAGGGACAAAGAGGGCAAUUUGGAGCUGUAUGAAUCCAACCCCAAAUAAAACGGACCGGAAUCCAAACGUUGCCGCUCAAGGCUAAUUCAUCGUCCGCUCGUCGUUCGAGUUACCAUUCAACUCGCGCCUCCCAAAACCUUCCCGUCUUUCUUACUGAUCAACAAACCCAAAUAAAUAAAAUCUGAAAAGUGAAAUGGAGAAAUCGUUCAGUUUGAUUCAAACAAUUGCCACUGCAGGUGUCUUCUCCGCUAUUUCCUUCUGGUACGGAUUCAUGUUUGGCAGAGAGUCUGCUCGGAAAGAGCUCGGAGGCUUGAUCGAAGAUCUUCGCAGCAGCAAUUCCAGCACCGGCUCAUCCUGAUUAUUAAUCAGGUCUCUAAGUUAUUGGGUGAAAUCAGUUUUUUGUUUACAUCCCACUUGGUUGCCAGCUUGGUUUUGCGACAAUGACAGUGGCAACAACAACGAUUUGGUCAAAUUCCAUGUUCGCUGUUAAUUCGGUGAUUGACGAUUGGUGAAUAUUUCUGCUUCCCCUGUUUUAUGUUGAUGGUGAAUUAGUACUUCUGAACAUAGAUUCAAAGCUGCCCAUCUUUUUGCACAGGAUAAAUGGUCAUUGCACUCACCUAAAUGUAUAGAUGAAAUACGUAUACUUGAAUUGUGAAAAAAUGGUGUAAUCUUAAAGAGAGGGAAUUACAUUCAGGAAUUUUGAAGUC